AUCAGUUUCCUCCAUGAAAUAAAAAGAAGCAUCUUAGAGAAAGAGAAUAGAGCGAGAGAGAUUGAAAGCUUUAGGGUUUCAAAAAAACUGAGCCCUCUAGAAAGUCUCUGUACAGGAAAAGCUUCUUCUCGAUAUCUUCAGAAAUGGGCGUCAUGAUCAACCACCAUUUGCUCGCUAUCGUCUUUGGCAUCUUAGGAAACGCAAUAUCCUUCCUCGUAUUCCUCGCUCCAGUGCCAACUUUUUAUAGAAUUUACAAGAAAAAAUCGACGGAAAGUUUCCAGUCUCUACCGUACCAAGUGUCGCUAUUUAGCUGCAUGCUAUGGCUCUGUUACGCAUUGAUUAAGCAAGACGCUUUUCUCUUAAUUACCAUCAACUCUUUUGGCUGCGUUGUGGAGACUAUCUACAUCGCCAUGUUCUUCACUUACGCUACCAAGGACAAAAGGAUCGCGGCCAUGAAGUUGUUCUUAACGAUAAACGUUGCUUUCUUCUCGUUGAUUCUAAUGGUUACACAUUUCGCGGUUAAAAGACCUAGCCUCCAAGUCUCUGUCCUCGGCUGGAUUUGCGUUGCUAUUUCUGUUUCUGUUUUCGCGGCCCCUCUAAUGAUCGUGGCGCGUGUGAUAAAGACAAAGAGUGUUGAAUUCAUGCCCUUCACGCUUUCUUUCUUCCUCACCAUAAGCGCCGUUAUGUGGUUUGCUUAUGGCUUAUUCCUUCAUGACAUAUGCAUAGCUAUUCCAAACGUGGUGGGAUUCAUACUAGGGAUGGUACAAAUGCUUUUGUACGGAAUUUACAGAAAUCCGGGGGAGAAAUUAGAUACUGAGAAAAAGAUGAAUCCAUCAGACCAGCAACUUAAGAGUGUUGUCGUGAUGAGUCCGUUAGGUGUGUCAGAAGUACACCCAAUUGACGUCAAUGUGACUGAACCAGUGGACCCAUUCUCUGACGCGGUUCAACAUAAAGAUCCAUCCAAAGUUACUAAAGAGAAGGAGCCGGCAACUGAUGACGGAAAGUGCCACGUGGAAACUGCCCGUCAUGAAUCUGUCUGAUGUGUCAAAUGUAUUUCAACAAGAAGCAAAAUAUUUCUCUCUCACCCUUUCUCUUUCUCGUGGGCCUUGGCUCUCGGCCGGCCGAAGGAAGAAACUGUAUCGAUCGGUGGUUUGGUUCCAUUUUUGUUUCCUACCUUAUUUAGUAUUAUCAAUGUACUUGCAUUAAGUUCUAUGUUAUAAAGUUUUAUCUUUUAAAGUGAAUAUAUUAUCUUUGUAAUUUAUAACUAUAGUGCUCUUAUGUGUUCCAGAAAAAAGAAAUAAAAACUACAGUAUAGUGCUCUUA